ACCACCAUUUGUAACGAAUAAACCCUUUAUUUGACAACAUAAAUAUUGCCCAUUUUCAACAACCAAGAAAGAUCUGCCUUCUGCAAAAGAUAUCAAAUUGAAUGGAGUUGUCCACAUAUGCUAAAGGACCAUACAGAGAAGAAAAGAAAAAUGCAAAAACAAAGCCGAAGUCAUUAACACAACUAUUAUGUAUUUAUAAAAAUAUUAAGUGUGCUUGCUGAAUUCACAACUUGAAUCUAUGAUUAUAUACAUGUACUUGUAUGCUUCGAAACUGAAGGGCACGCAGAUAAACUCGGACAGGUGUGUCAGUGGUCUGCAUAACAGAAAAUAAAUCAUGGAGUCACAAAAUUCCAGGGAACAGAAGAGUUUAAAACCUGUGGUUGUGUUUCAGUAUAAGUGUGACAUAUGCAAAAUAUAUUAUUUCACUCAUAGAGAAUUAUUGUUAAAACACAAGCGUAUUCAUGAAAGUGAUGAAACUAUCGCGCUCCCAUUUGUGUGUGGAAUAUGCAGUACAUCCUUUUCAAAUAAAGAAAUGUUAGAGACACACAUUCAUUGUCAUGUUCAAACUUUCAAAUCGAGAUACCAGUGCAUCAUAUGCAAGAUCUAUUUUGCAAACUUCAAAGACUUAAAGAAUCACAUGAUUACUCAUGUAAGUAGGCGCCGUGUUCAAUGUAACGUUCCACUAACGACAUACAGUGAUGAAACACAGAAAAUAAUGCCUUUAAAGUGUCCAUUUUGUAUGGAAACGUUUACAUCUUUAUUGAGUUUAAAUAAACAUAUGGUGAUUCAUGCAGAUACUAGACAUAGCAAGUGUAAAGUAUGCAAGAGAUUGUUCACAUGUGCAAGAGAUUUAAAUGAACAUAUGGUGAUUCAUGCUAGUGAAUGGCCUUACAUGUGUGGAAAAUGUAACAAGCCGUUUAAGACAUUUGGCGCUCUAAAGGAGCACCAGCGCAUUCAUUCAGGGGUUAGGCCUUACAUCUGUAAGGCAUGCAGAAAAUCUUUUCGAUCAUCGGUAACUCUGUGGAGACAUAGACGCAUGCAUACUUAUGCACGCCCAUAUUUGUGUGAAAUUUGCCGGAAGUCUUUUACUGGGAAAAAAUAUUUUGAUAUGCACAAGCGAAUUCAUUCUGGGGAGUAUUUAUACAACUGUAAAAUAUGCCAGCGACAUUUCCUGACUUUAUAUCGUUUUAAGAAGCAUGUGCGGUUUCAUACUGGUGAACUCCAAAAUCACUGUGCAGUGUGUAGAAAGUAUUUCAAAUCAUUUGAAGAUUUAAAUGCCCACACAAAAAUUCAUUUAAGUGGACAUCUUUGUGAAAUCUGUGGAAUACUGAUCAAAGACGAAGCAGCUUUAAGCAACCACAUACAAAUUCAUACAUGUAUUCGACCACAUGGCUGUGAAAUAUGUGGACUGUCUUUCAAAAGUGCAGCAGGAUUAAAGGAACAUGUGCAGCACAAUCAUAGAUUGAAACGUUAA